CACACUGAGAGGUGGGUAAUAAAUUCCUUAGCAUUAUCGUUAAGGAAUUAACAGUAUUGCUAAUGUUGGAUUAAGAGUGGACCUUUACAUCCCCUUCAGACAGGGGAUCAAAGCUCCGGUGGUUCAUCUUUUACUCUGAAGCGAGGCAAGCUUGCCAAAAAGGAUGAGCUCAUCGAACACAUGCCAGACAUUUACAUGCCAGACAUCCAGAGAAAAUAACAUAAUGCUUGAUAGAAACAAUAUUAAAAACGUCUGAGCGUACAGAACGCAUUUGGAGUGGAACCUUUAUACUGGCUAACAUUGCAGGGCUUUACAUCAAACAGGUUGUGGAGUUGAGAGAGAAAAAAACAACAACUGAGCUGCGCAUUUAUGACCUGAAAAUGUGACGUGGGGAGGGAAUCUUACUGAGAUAUCCCUAAGAAAUAUACCUGCACGCUCUCGAUUAAUGUACUUCAGUUCGCGUUCUGUUGCCAGACAUCAUUAACAGUGAACACGUAACGGUGAAAACGCGUUUUAAAACUCUCUGCUUUACUGUGAUCAACAAAGUGUUGUACAGCUUCCUCGUCUGCGGCUCUCGUCGCAGGCGUGUUCUGCGCGUGCAUGCGCAGUCCAACCCGUCCUGCUCUUCCGUGUGUCGCUGGACGCCUGCAUCACAGGUGUCAACAAAACGUUUUUGAGCUGUGGAGAUUAAACACAUCAGAUGAAGUGGAGGGAUUCGUCUAGCCGAACACAACAUCCGACAGCUCUAAAAUGAUCGAAUAACAACUUGCGUUUGCCUGGACUCCGUCGACAGCCAGCUCAACGCGGUUUUCCCGGUGCGCACACGGGUUGCCGAGUCGCUUUUUUUCCCCCAGAGCGUUGCUGUUCGCCACCUUAUCUUAGUCAUGUUUGUGCAAGAAGAGAAGAUAUUUGCAGGCAAAGUGCUCAAGAUCCAUGUCUGUACCAUGGAGGGCACGGAGUGGCUGGAGGAAGUAACCGAAGACACCACGAUAGAAAAGCUCAAGGAGAAAUGCUUGAAGCACUGUGCACACGGGAGUCUAGAAGACCCCAAAACCUUAACACACCACAAACUAAUCCAUGCGGCUACAGAGAGGGUUCUCACAGAAGUCAAAACUGUGGCAGACGAAAACCUUAAAGACAAAGAUUGCUUGUUGUUGAUAAAGAAGAGGCCUCCCCCAACACAUCCAAAAAUGGCUGACAUAUCUACAGAAGAGAAGCAGAAGAAGCAGGAGAGCAAGGCUCCUGAUAAGGAUGCCAUCCUGAAAGCCACAGCGAACCUGUCCACUCGCCACUCUGACCGCAUGGUCACUCAACACAACAUCAGAGACUUCCAGACAGAACUGAAGAAAAUACUGGUGUCACUGAUUGAGGUGGCACAAAAACUCCUUGCUUUGAAUCCAGAUGCUGUUGAGCUCUUCAAAAAGGCCAAUGCUAUGCUGGAUGAGGAUGAGGAGGAACGGGUAGAUGACGCAGCCCUGCAGCAGCUCACUGAGAUGGGUUUCCCAGAGAGCCGUGCGGUCAAGGCACUGCGCUUAAACCACAUGUCGGUGACACAAGCUAUGGAAUGGCUGAUUGAGCACAUGGAUGACCCUACAGUCGACACGCCACUGCCAGGCCAGGAAGCUCAGGGAGGAGCCAGUGCGUCUGCGUCUGCAUCUGCGUCGCUGUCUGCAUCUGGGUCUGUGACUGGUUCUGCGUCAGCCGGGCCCUCUGCCCUGGGGGCCCUAGCACGCACUCCCUCCCAGUCCAGCUCGGAGGAUGCCAAGCAGGACGAGCUGACGGAGAUCUUCAAGAGGAUCCGCAGGAAAAGGGAGUUCAGGCCGGACUCACGGGCAGUGAUUGCACUGAUGGAGAUGGGCUUUGAUGAGAAGGAGGUGAUUGAUGCACUUCGCGUCAACAGUAAUCAACAGGAUGCUGCUUGUGAAUGGUUGCUUGGAGAUAGAAAGCCAUCCCCUGAAGAUCUAGAUAAGGGUAUCGAUACCAACAGCCCCCUCUUUCAGGCCAUAUUGGAGAACCCUGUGGUACAACUGGGCCUUACAAAUCCUAAAACGCUCCUGGCAUUUGAAGACAUGCUUGAGAAUCCUCUGAACAGCACACAGUGGAUGAAUGACCCCGAGACUGGUCCAGUCAUGCUCCAGAUCUCCAGAAUCUUCCAGACACUCAAUCGCACGUAGACCACACCUCAUCUUCAGCUGCUGGAGCCACUGCAAAGCGGACAAAGGUUAUUCAUUUAUAAGGGAAGUGUGUGUGUGCGCGCGCGCGUGUGUGUGUCUUCUAUGGUUUAUGUUAAACACAGGAAAUGACGAAUGUAACAGUAAUAACAGGAUAGGAUAAAUAUUUCGGUUUUGAAUAUUAUACAGAAAAAAAUAUCUAGAUAUUUAUAACUCAACAGGACACUUGUAAAAAAAAAAACCAAAACAAAAAACCCCACAAAUGUAAACAGUAACUUAAUAAUAACUGAUGAAUGCUAACUUCAUUAUUAUUAUUUUUUUUUAAAUAAAAUCUGUUUUUAAUCACCUAAUUAUAGUACAUAUUUUAUUUAUAUACUUUUUCCUUAUGUAAAUGUACAUCGGGCAUCCAGAACAAAAAAAAAAAAUGUUUACACAAAAAAUUACUUUUGUAUAUUUCAUGAUGUUCAAACAACAAUCUAAAAAAGGUAUUAGUCUCUUUGAAUAGUUACAUUUCAUCAAAGUGAAUGUUACUAGAAAGAGUUGAAUAGCUAUCUCAGCUUUACGUUGGUUUGGAGAACAGUUUGACACUACGGUCUCUUUUGUUGCCUUCAUGCUGUAACACAAAUUGAAGCUACUUUCCUUUGGAAAAUCUAUGACUUUUCAUCAUGCUUCUUUUGAGGACCUUAACCAGUUACCUUAUCUGAACAAUUCAUAAACAUUGUACAAUCCCUCUGUGGUCUUGUGCCAUCAAAAAGAAUGCAGUGUCUAUUUUCAGUUUCUUUUCCAAGAGUAGCAGGCAUUUGUGAAGUUGCCAUGUAUAAUUUAGGGCUUAGUGCUGGUCCUUUUGGAGGAUGUGGAUUAUGGAAAUAAGCAGAAAAAAAAAACAUACGGUGAUUGUGAAAAAGGCAGAAAAUCCCACCUACUAGUGGCUUUGUCAUUUGAUGGUCAUUUGAAUAACUAGACAAAAGUGACUUGUGUUUUAAAAUAUUUACCUCUUUCCUAUGUUCCUCCAGAUGAUAUGAUCUGGGAUUUGACACUUUCUCCUUCACCAUGCUCAACCCCUUUUAAAUACGAAACUGAUUCUUUUUCAGUCUUCACGUAUAUUCAUGUAAGUGAACUGGGAGACAAAAGGUUGCUCCAGAAUGCCUGAUUGUUGACCCUGACUGAACAUGAUCUUUUAGGUCCUGGGUCAGGCCACUUCAAACUAAGUGUUUCUGUUUGAUCCGCUAGAACACUAUUUUUCAGGGCAGGCAUGCGUGAUGCGAAUGUGACUUUUACUCGGUUCUAGGUAUGUGGUAUGUUUUUAUUGAAAUACAAAUAUCUGGCUUUUAGAAAUUGGUCAAGCUAUAUAUAUAUUUUUCCUUUUUCUUGCAUUAUAAAAUCUGUCAAGAAUGACGAGCAUACAUUGUUUGUGCAUUGAAGGCCAUGUCACAUGUCACUUUGCUUCAGUUCCUGGCACAUGCAUUAGAUAUUACAGCAGGUAAUGCAUGUGCACACACACACAAACACACACACACACACACAUAAAAAACUUCACUGCAAGCUACAAUAAAAUCUCUAGGGCAGUCUGGCUUUAAUACUGUCAAAAUUGAUAUGUGCAGCACUUUGCAAAGUGGGUAUCUUUCCGUUGUUUCAUUUUUGACUUCCCUUCUGACAAGGUUAUGUACUGAGUGAAACACACUUGUCCAAUACAUGGGAGGAAGGUUUUAUCCAAAAUGGAAAUGGUUGUGUCUUUACUGACUUUCACCUGGAAGGUUACUCUUUAUCAGAGCUGUUACCUUGGAAUCCUUAUACCAAAGUGAUCAGACAUUUUUGACAGUCAUAUGCAUGCAUGUUAACAUUUGUUUGCUCCUUUUCCCCUGUCCCACUAUAGGUAUUUAAAGGUUUUGAUGUGUAUGCUCAGGGGUUUCUAGAUAUAUCACAGAAGAAAAUUCUACUGUUGCAAUAGUCUGAACUAUAUUUAAUGAGCAUAAUGUUGGAGAUUAGCAAGAUAACAAUAUCUUAGAUAUUGUAACGUUUGACUUUAAAUUCCCUUAAUUACGUUUGUCAUAUUUAUUUCCAAGCCAAAUACAGUCUGUUGUCUGUGAGAACAUCUGCACAGUUCCUCUCAUUCACAGUACACCUCUAAGAGAGACUACUGUUAUUAAACUAAUGUCACAGUAAUGCAACUUGAUGACUCUAAAUGGUCAAAUCAUACAUUUCCCUCCUUGUUCAGUAUAAACGUGGUUUUUGGUUUGAGUUAUGGUGUUCAACAAACAGCACUCAGUGUUUGAAAACAGCCACUACAGCUUUCAAGAAUAUGAGCAAUAUAGGUGUGUCUAUUUUUGUUUGUUUGUUUAAACUCAAAAUGAGAUGCAAAUUGUAGACCUGUCAAUACCAGGAUUAUGCAAUACUCUUUCACUCAUGUUAUCAGAAGGGUUUUCAGCAAUCACAGUCAUCAGAAAAGUAUGUCAUAUUUCUCAUUGCUGUGUAUUUUUGAUCUCGCCAAGUCUGAUAAGGGAAUGUGAAGUCCAGCAUUAGUGGUGCUUCAUGCUUGAACAAGCAUUUAUCAUUUAUUCUUAUUUAUUUCAAAUGCUUAUGGUGACUAAAGCAGUGUCACAUUGGGUUUCAAAUUUUCAUCAUAUUAAAUUAGUUAAAAGACUGAUUGCCACUGGGAGAGCAUACAUUUUGUCGGGUAGUCAUGUCAUAGAUACUGACGUGACAUUUCACACACAAACACCGGCAGGAUUUCUGUUCCUUGAAUUUUGUUAACACACUGUCAUGGUCUCAAGCGAUGUGAAUUUAUUUGUUCUUUUUUCCAUCACUGUGUUCACCUGUCUAGAAAUGGGAAGCUUUGUUUUUGUAUUAUUGCAAAUAAAAAGGUUUGAAAUUUA